CUCUUCUUCCACUUGAACAGAAAAUAAUUCAUUGGGUUUUCCGAAAAUCUUCGAAAAAAUCCUUCUUUUCCUUUUUGUUUCUAGCAUGGGUGUUCUCUUACUGAAUUCACUUCCCAUCGGAUUCCGAUUCCGACCGACAGACGAGGAGUUGAUCGAUUUUUACUUGCGGUCAAAGAUAAACGGGGAGAAACACGACGAGAUUGAAGUCAUUCGUGAAAUCGAUGUCUGCAAAUGCGAGCCAUGGGAUUUGCCUCACUUAUCCGCCAUAAGGACUCGAGACCCAGAGUGGUUUUUCUUUUGCCCUAUCGACCGGAAGUACCCAACCGGAAAUAGGCUCAACAGGGCGACCGAGGCCGGCUACUGGAAGGCAACGGGUAAGGAUCGCAAGAUCAAGUCUGGGUCCAGCUUGAUCGGCAUGAAGAAAACUCUGGUGUUCUAUAAUGGAAGGGCUCCUAGAGGAAAACGGACCAACUGGGUUAUGCACGAGUACCGUACUACCCUCGAUGAGCUUGACAGCACCAAGCCUGGACAGAAUGCGUUUGUGAUUUGCCGUCUAUUCCAUAAACAAGACAAGACCAUUGAAGAUAUCAACGGUGAUGAAGUUGAUCGUGCUGUGUUCUCUCCGACUGAAGACAUGCUAUCGGUGUUAGAAUUGCCUCAAGACUCCCCCGUCGUUGAAGGUGAAGUCGAAAAAGUGUCCGAAACCGGUGAAACUCGUCCUUCCGGUCCGCCCGGUGAAGUAAUUUCUAAAGCUGUUGAACCUAAACUCGAGUGCGACUGGGAUGGCUAUAAAGCUUACGAUGAACUGGAUCGAGUGGCAGACAUAACCCCAGCAGAGGUGGAUCUACUUGAAGAAGCUUUGAAUCAUUUUUACGAUCCCAUGGGGAAGCCACUGUUUUCUCUGUUGCACAAUCAGAUUGAAGCGGAGCAAGCGCCUUGGAUGUUUGAUCAUGUUGGAAAAGGUUUCAGUGGGGUGGAGUUGCAGCAUGGCACAAAUGAGAAUGAUGCAUAUAUUUCCAACUUCUUGGAUUCCAUCAUGAAUAAUUCGGACGACUGCUACAGUGAUGAAACCGUCGGCCUGAAGAAUUUGGAUUACGAGACCCCUAAGGCCAUGACCUUUGAUAAGGAUGGCGGAUCAUGCAGUGAAUCAGAUGGUGAAGCGGCUGACCUGCUGCUAGGGACAGACAACAUCAACAAGGGGGCUCCUAGUGCAAUUCCGAUUUGCAUGCCGGAUGUCAACUUUUCCAGCGCAGUGCCAUUUUAUAAUGUGCUAAAUAGUAAUGGAGAAUUCAGCAACCAUACAGAUACAUCUUGUAAUGUUGAUAGUCCUGUCACCGGAAUCAGGAUUAGGUCUCGUCCUUCUCGAAGUCAACUGGACAGUGGGAACUCAAUGAUACAGGGUAAUGCGGCAAGAAGAAUACGUCUGCAGUGUAACCUUCAGGUCGGCUCACUUUACUGUAACGGUGCAAUAAACAACUGGAGUUUUGGAGAGAAAGAAGAUGAUUCAAAAUCGUUUGUUACAAAGGAGGUAGAAGUAGCAGAAAAGGGUAUCAUUGGCUGUGAUGCUGAUCGUGGCACCAUGGACGAACCUCAGGAAACACCCCCUUCUAAUUCGAGUAAAACUACUUCCUUGUUGUCCAAGUCAAUUGUUUCGGUUCAUGAAGAGACUUCAUCUCGGUGGUUGAAGUUUUCAGCUCGCCGUCGCUCACGUAAGCCAUUCACCGUUGUUUUCCGGGUGGCCAUCCUGUUAAUCUUGUUUACAGGUUUGAUUAGCACAUCAAAGAUCUUGUAAUUCGUCAUGUGCAUUGUUCAUUCUUUUCAUUUAGAGCCUCCCUUUUAGUUAGAAACUGCGGCAGUGAUUUUGAGUACUAAAAUUUAUGUAUAUAUCUGUUUAGUUAAUAUACAAGAGCAUAUA